AAGGUCUAUUCUCUUCUUUUCUGUGUAAUUGUGACACUUGUUUUUCAUUUCCUUUUACUUUACAGAUGGCAAAACCACCAGGCCCAAGGACAUUUUAUAAAAGCACGCAUUAUUUGGAGGAAUAUAUAUGUUCCAAGAAAUUCUCCUUUAUGUAGAUGUAGAGAAGGGUUCCUCCCUAUUGGCUGCUGUAAAUCCCAUUACUUUCCCUUGGCUACAAUUUCUGUUCUACCUUGAGUCAAUAAUCUGUGUGCGCUGGACUUAUCAUUUGCUUUGAACUAAGACAACCAGGCCAACCUGAAUUAUUUGCAGCAAAUUACUAGUUACCGGGAUAGCAGAGCCGGUGUGUCCCUAAUGUUCUGGCAGUAGCUACAGACUGCAGUUCAGCUUUCAAAACUUAAUUGGUGGCUGAUAUUGAACUUAACUGUGCUUUGUUACAAGACAUAGACGGAGAUGUCUGGGUGCUGUGGCUGCAUGCAGCAGUUCCCUCUGUGGGAACAAAUGCUAAAGGCGUAUAAAUAUAUGAGCGAGAUUUUAUCUGUGACUCACACUUACAAGGAUCCUGCUGACGGCAACAGGAAGCUAAGCAAAAUGGAUAUCAGCCGUCUCGAAGAACAAUACUACGGCAUAAAACAAAAGCAAAAGUUACAGACGCACAUAAUUGUGUUUAAAGCAGGUGAAAAUGAAUUCAUUCCAAAGGAUACUACUCUGGACACCGUUCCUGUGAAUAAGAGAGUUCAGCAUCCCAAGGCAUUUAAAGAUCAGAUCCAUGUGAAAGAGGUUGCCCUAGAACUGAUGGAUAACAACUACCUGAAGGACAGGAAUGGCACGUGGCACGCUCACCUGAACAUCCACCGCAUGGUGCAGAUUGAUUGUCAUUACAAUCUCAGUGAAAGGACAGCGGCACACAAGCAACACAUUGAUAAAAGUUUUUUGUUUAAGAGAUUUCUGAGCUCUGACCAUCAGCCAAGCAAAGACUCAGAAGAAGAUGUUUCAGGAGAAACAGAAACGAGUGGAUUGGCAAAGGACAACAAGCCUAUCAAUAGUCCAUACAGGAAAUCCUCCCUUCAACACCCAAUCCCUAUAUCCUGGGGUCAUCACUACGAGUUUCCUUCUUCUAAGCCUUCUUCCCCCACAGAGAAACUCUUCUUCUAUCCCUUCCCUCAGAAGAAAAACCCACGUAUAUCCGAAACAGCAAGAAAGCUAGGUUUAUAUGUAGCACAUUAAAGUAAAUAUUUGGAAGGCCACCAAAAAAAAAAAUGAUGUGACCAUUUUAUUCUAGCAUGGACUUUACUCUUCAAGUCUGAAUUAUUGUUCUUGAACCAAACAAUAAGCCUUUGUUGUGACGUUUAGCACUACCAUAUGUCCGAAGGAAAUAGCUCGACUUGUAAAACUAAGGGCUUGUCUGCUCCAGUACAUUUUUUAUGUAGUUGUAUUGAAUUAUGGCCAGUUUUGGGUGUUUUCAAAGCAUCUCAGAAUAUCUCUUAGCUUUUUAAAAUGGUAAAACCUCUAUAACAGUAUAUCCUGCCACACCACUCAUCAUACAUUAGAACAAUAAAGCAGGGGUAGGCAGGGCUGUCUUAAAGAUAGGGCACACCUGGGCACUGCCCAGGGGCCCCAACUGCAUGGGGGCCCCUGCAC